AUGCUUUCCUCAACUGUGAAGGCACCCGUUGCAUGUCUUGUUGUUCUUUUCUUCCUGAUACAUGCUUAUUUUGUGUCCAUCGUUGACGGUCAAAAUCCAACAGUCAACAUUUAUGUUUCAAAUGCCAACGGUUUGGACACUAACAAUGGAACCUCGUCAUUAUGGCCUUUGAAAACCCUUUCCAAAGCUGCAUCUGUUGUUCAAUCUUCAAAGAAUUCACUCUUUGUGAACACAACAUUUACUGUCUUAAUUGACGAUGGACGAUAUUUUGUUCCGAAUGGGCUGAUUAUUCCUGCUUCUGCCAAGCUCAAUAAUCAAUACUCUCCAGUCAUUUGGAAACCAGGGAAGGAAGAUGGCAACGUUCGAAUUACUGGUGGCCUUCCACUUGCUCCCUCUUUUUGGCAAGUAGUGACUGUUGCCAAUAAUCCAUCUGUAUAUAACAUGCUUCCAACAGUGGCACAAGGAAAGGUUCUUUCAUGCAACCUGACCUUGGCAGGACUUUCCAAAUCUCAAAUAUUCCAAUUUGUGAAAACAGGAUAUUCCAAAAAGUUUGUGAGCUCUGGCAAUGAAUUAUUUUACAAAGGAAAAGCUCAAACUGUUGCGAGAUUUCCAAACAAGUUUCCGAACGGAGAAGAUCAAUUUUUACGUUUUACAGGAACGAACGGAGUGAAUACCUUUCAAUUUAAUAGCACAGUAUCUCAUAAUCGAUUCAAAUGGUCUCUUGAAAGGAGUCCUUAUGCAUUUUCGUUUUUCUAUCAUGAUUGGGCUGAUUCUACUGAAGAUUUGAAAUUUAUUACUCAAGACGGUUUUGCAGAAUUGAAUGUUAAUGUGACCUAUGGAAUUAGAAGCAACCAACGAUUUUAUCUGGUGAAUUUUUUAAGCGAGCUUGAUCAACCUGGUGAAUAUAUAUUGCAAGAUGAUGUGAUAUAUUAUUGGCCAGCAGGACCAAUUGUUGAGCAAGACGAUAUUAUCAUUUCAACAGCAGAUCAUUUAAUCAAUGUUCAAGCUCAUGCUCAACAGUUUCAAUCUCUUCGUAUUGAAAUGACUCGAGGCUAUGCAAUACGUUCAUUCAAAGUCGAUUACACGGUUGUUCGUUCCUCUACCAUUUCAAAUACUGGAAGUAGAGGCGUUGCGUUUGAUUUUUGUACUGGAUGUCAGUUUAUUUCGAACCAUGUUUUUGAGACUGGUCUUGGGGCUGUGUAUAUAUUCGGAGGAGAUCGUAUCACAUUGACUCCUAGUGGAAUUCUUGUUUAUAAUAAUAUUAUUUACAAUUUUACGAGAAAUGGUAAAGCCUAUAGAGCGGGGGUGGAAUUGAAAGGUGUUGGAGUGACAGUCAAAAAUAAUGAAAUUUUCAACGCGGACCAUGCAGCAAUUAUUUGGGAAGGAAACAAUCAUGAUUUUGCCUAUAAUUAUAUUCAUGACGUUUGUAAGACCACUGGUGAUUCAGGUGCUGUGUAUUCUUAUGCCGACUGGGCUGCACGUGGUACUGUCGUCAGAUAUAACCAUAUUGCAAGAGUGAACGGACCUGGACUAUGGGGAACCUCAGGAGUUUAUCUUGAUGAUCAACUUUCCUCAAUAACCAUGUAUGGAAAUAUCUUUAGUGCUGUUUAUAAUGGCUUUCAGUUGGGAGGUGGCAGAGACAACAUUGUUUUUGGUAACAUCUUUAUUAACAACACAACACCCAUUCACGCUGACUCGAGAGGUCUUUUGGGAGUUUAUGAUUCCACAACACGUAUGAAUCGCCUCCUUUCAUUACCUUACAACUCGAGUGAUGUUUGGAUUUCAAGUUAUCCAAAAUUGCCAAAUAUUUUAAACGAUGAACCUCAAGCUCCAAAGGGUAACUCUGUUCAAUUCAAUAUUAUAAUUGGAUCGACUUCAAAAGAUUUCAUUGUUGCAAAUUUCACCAAAUAUAGUAUUUAUGGAAACAACACUUUUAAAUUGCCAGAGUCCAUAUUUGUGGACGCACAGAAUGGAAAUUUCACACUGUUGCCCAACUCAACCAUUGCUCGAAUGCUGAAUUAUACACAAAUUCCGUUCAAUGAUAUUGGAUUGGUGUAUCCAAAGAGUGAUGUAGUGCCACCAGUUGCUCCAAGUCCAAAACUCUCAACCUCAACACCAACACAGCCCAGUCGCUCAAUACCCAAGAAAGUUUCUGCAUCCCAUCGAGCAGUUGGUCAUUUGGUAUGCUCAGUGAUUGUUAUGCUUGUUACAAUAUUUCUGAUUCGGCUUAAUUAA